UAAGCACAGAAACAGGAAGUGGUUAGGGAUCCCAAAGUGAGGUCAAACAGCUCAAAGGAACGGUAACAAAGGUCAAUGUGUGAUGUCAUAAGGUCAAUGUGUGAUGUCAUAAGGUCAAUGUGUGAUGUCAUAAGGUGGAUAUUACUUUGGACUCGUCAGCUGAGCUGUCUGAGAGUUUUUAAAAGUGAAAUGAGACAUUCAAAGAUGCAGCAGUGUCCUUCUUUUACAUCACUGAGACUACAGGGAGACACUGAGGACGAGUAUCUACGGAGAGCCUGAAGGGACAAAAUAGCACAUUAGCUUACAACCUCAAUUCAUCGUUAUUAACUAGUGGAAGCUGACAGCCAAACGUUUGUACAAAAAUGAUUUUGGAGUCAUGUGGCAUCAAUGAGAUAAAAGAAGUGGGACAAAGCAGCCAGUAUGUUCAGAUCUUAAGUUUCUUUGCAGAUAAAGAGGAGGAGCAGGGCAGCAGGAAGAGAGUCAGGCUGGACCUCUUCCUCCAGGUUCCCUGCUCCACCAGGACUCCUUCUCCACUGAUGGAGCCUCAACCCUGGGUACACUAUGUAGCAAUGACCCCAGAAGAACCACUGACUUACGUUGACAUUAGUCCACAGCAGCCUGACUGUUCACAGAAUAUCAAAACAAAUGAUCCGAGCAUGGGAGAGAAGCUGCACCAUCAAAACUCUGACUGUGAUGAGUCAGAAGAUCAAGACGGUCACCAAGCUGAAAGAAGAUCUGCUGAUAUGAGUGAAAAAUCCAGAAGCAGGAACUGGCAUAGGAGGACAGUGAGACCGCGAGGUGUGAAGCAGCAGGCGAGCCCCGAGCCUGAAACAAACACUACUUCAGGCCUUCUUCCUCCUCUAACUGGGGGACAACCAGUCUCUCCUGGAGCCUUCUGGGAGAAAUCAGACACGCUGAGGCGGGAGGGUCCCAGCAGAGAUGAACGCCACACUCAGCUCCUUCCGCCAAUACCAGAGAGUCGAACUGGAACGCCAGAUUCUCCAACAAAGGUCCAGACCCAGCACGAUGUUCAACAGAGGUCAAAGAGGAUCGGAUAUCAGUGCCGAGACGACCUCAAAAGACUCCAUCAGCAGCCUCUCAGUCUUCCUCAGCUGGUUCAUGAAGAAUUAAGUGGAAAGAAAAAGUCUGGAGGAGGUGAAAGAUCACAGAGACAUUACUUAAGAAAGGAGACAGUCGGACAUGGAGGAGGAAGAGGAGGAGCAGGAGGAAGAGGAGGAGGAAGAGGAGAGGGAGGAGGAGGAAGAGGAGGAGGAAGAGGAGAGGGAGGAGGAGGAAGAGGAGGAGGAAGAGGAGAAGGAGGAGGAGGAAGACUGCCCUCUGAGAGAGGCUCUGUUAUAUUAUUGGCCCCUGGAGCAGAGCCUCCUCCUGCAGGAGUGUUGGGUUGUGUUGUAGGAAGGAAAGGUCCAGGUAAGCAGACAUCUUUGGCCUUCUUACAGAACCAGCUUCUCGACCUGCAGGACUCCGGAGCACCCGGCGAUGACAACAGAGGGGUGGUGAGAGGCGUUCUGCCUCUGGAGCUGAGAGAUUUGCAGAACGGCAGAUCUGUUGGCUGUCUGAUUGUUGGUCCUGAUGGGGAGAUCCUUCGACUCUCUCUGUACGAUAACAGCCAGGACGAAACUGCCAGUGAUGGCGAAACAAGGGAGCAAGCUCUCCAGGUUUUGUCUCCAGAAGGGGAUAAGUUACCCUGGGUCAUUAUGCUGCAGCCUGAGAAUACACACACAGGAGGGUCGGAGCAGAACACACACCUUCCUGAUGAACAUGUCCCGCUCCAUCAGUCCAUUCCUCAGCUCUCAGAUGUUCACAGAUCAGCUGACGUCUUUCCCCCCAGCAGCCUCACAGACCCAGUGGCUCAGACCAGGAAGAAAACAAAGAGCGCAGAGGCAGCAGUGGACAUGUGGAAGUCAGGAUUAAAGGGUGCCAGAAACAGUGUUAGGAUGCCUCCAUUGAGGGAGAGGGUUGUUAGUACAGAGAGAGGAGGUGAUGCUGAAGAUGAGGAUGAAGACGAGGGACUGCAGCAGCCGGGGCAGCAGAACAUCGAGCCGAUCGAAGCAACAUCAGAGGACGCUUUGAGGAAGAAUGCUGAGGGAGCUGCAGUAACCACAAGAAGUGAUGUGAAAACGGGGAAAAGUGAGGAAUUGGAUGGAGGGAAGAAGGCUUCGAGGAUGAGGACAGAAGGAAGAUCAGAAAAAGAAAAGACAGGAAGAGAUGCUCCAUCAGUCGUCAGCAGGAGACGAGAGGAGAGGACCCUCAGAGGAGCAGCAGAGACUAAAGCCCCGUCUGCUCGCCCUCCUCAUAUGACAGACGUGAAUGGAAAGAGAGGAGAAGAGCAGAAGAAUGAGGAGAGAGAGGGGCGAGGAGAAGAGGUGAGGAGGAGGCAAGAGUCUGCUGGGAAUAGAAGAAGAAGAAGGCUGAAACACAAAGACUUAGUUUUGGGAAGCCCAGAGGACUCCCUGGAGAAUCAGGAGGCGGAGACAGACCAGGAACUGAAAGAGGAGUCUCAUCUGGCAUCCCCAACAAAUCCCUCUGCAGCACAAAACCACAAGAACAGAACAAACUCAGAGGGAGACGCUGCAGAAACCGACCAUCUUUACACAGACGCUGACAAACACGGCAGCGUGCGCUCAGUGAGCUCGCUCAGGUCGACUGCAGCUGCAUCACAGUCCACUCUGAAGAGCUCCAGGCGGUCUGUUGCAUCCUCCUGUGAGGGGGCGGGGCCAGCCAGCGCCCUGGGUCUCACUUCAUCACAUGGUCGCCUCUCGUCAUGUUCAACUGUCAUGGUAACCGAGGAACAGCUGAUGCUGAACCCGGUGAAACCAGAGCCGUCCAAGCCGAGAAAGAGUCAGAGAGAGGAGGAAGAGGAGGCUGCAGCGCUGCGUCUCGCCCAGCGAGCAGAAAAACGGAGGCAGGAGGUGGAGAGGAAGAGGAGGGAGCGGGAGGAAGAGGCGAGGAGGCAGCUGGAGAGGGAGCAGACAGAGGACAGGAUGAAGAGCGAGCUGGAGGAGGAGAGAAGGAGGAGAGCUGAGGAGCUCAGAUUGAAGAGGAUGGCGGAGGAGGAGAAGAGGAGGAAGCAGGAGGAAGAGGAGCAGGCUCGAGAGAGACGGGAACAGGAGCAAAGAGAAAGAGAGAGAAGGAGGCAGGAGGAGAAGAUGCGUCAGAUGGAGAGACUCCAGAAGAUGAGAGAGGAGGAGGAACAGAGGAGGAGAGCUGAACUUGAGCGUCUGCGUCAGGAAGAGGAGACGAGGCAGGAGGAGGAAAACAGGAAGUUACAGGAGAUGGAUGAGAGUGAGAGGGUGGAGUACCUCAGCAGGAAGGAGCAGGAGGAGGAGGAGAGGAGGAAGAAUGAAGAGGAGCGGAGGAGAAGAGAGGAGGAGGCAGCUCUACAGGCUGCAGAGGACGCCAAGCUGCAGGCCGAGCUGCUAGCCAGACAGAUGGCGCUGUUGCAGCAGCAGUUGGCCUUUAAACGGGGUCUUAUGUCGGAGGCUGGCGGUCUGGAGAAAACUCAAGGAAUUUCCAGACCCUGGGUUUACUCUUAUUUUACUUUGUUGCAGCUACUGGGUCUCAAGCCAACUUAAUGUGAGGCCGAAGAUGACAGGACGUCUCCGUCUGAGAUCUUUCUAAUCGGUCCCUCACUCAGCGACCUCAUGGAUCAGAUCCAGUUAUUGAAAAUGAGCACGUUUAUAUCGAAACUCCUCGUCUUUUACUUGAAGAUAAAAAAAAACCUUUACCAUCGUCUGUUUACCUUUGAGGGAUAUUCUCACGUUUCUACAAAAGAGUUUUCAUACAUGAUGUUUUUCUUGUUUGCCUUUUUAAUGUUAUUUUGUUUUUUCUUGUUGAUAUUUAUCUUAUUAUUCUUACACUGAGAAGUCCUGACGAUGUUCAGACUCAGGGAGUACAGUCCGAUUUAGAGACAGGUCGUUACAAAUAGAGCUGGCUCCCGGAGGAGGACAGACUCUGCUCUCAGUGUGACACCUUACAGGUAGAGACGGAGCUCCACUACCUCACAUCGAGGCCCAAAUACCAGACUGUGAGAGAGGAAUACUUCCCCAAGAUAACACA